ACAGAUAUAUAUAUAUAUAUAUUCAUAUAGCAAUAGUAUAAAUAAGAAAAGAAAAAUGACGAGAUUAGGAAGUGAGAAGCGUCAAGUACUUCUUUCGAAAAUUGCGACCAACGAUGGACAUGGUGAGAAUACACCAUAUUUUGAUGGCUGGAAGGCCUACGACCGAGACCCUUUCCACCCUACCAAUAAUCCUGGGGGCGUUAUCCAAAUGGGUCUCGCAGAAAAUCAGCUCUGCUUCGACUUGAUUGAAGAGUGGAUUAGGAAUCAUCCUAAAGCCUCUAUUUGCACGGCUGAGGGCGUUCAUGAGUUCAAGAACGUGGCCAUCUUCCAAGAUUAUCAUGGUUUCUCAAAGUUCAGAAAGGCAAUUGCUAAGUUCAUGUCAAAAGUGAGAGGUGGUCGCGUCACAUUCGACCCAGACCGUAUAGUGAUGGGCGGAGGAGCCACCGGAGCUAAUGAACUCGUUAUUUUCUGCCUUGCCGACCCGGGCGAUGCUUUUCUCGUUCCCUCGCCUUAUUACCCAGCUUUUGUCCGUGAUUUGGGAUGGCGAACCGGCGUAAACAUAAUUCCAGUUCCUUGCGAAAGCUCCAACAAUUUCCAAAUAACCAAACAAGCCCUCGAAGAAGCAUACGAGAAGGCCCAAAACGACGGAGUUAAUGUCAAGGGACUCCUCAUAACCAACCCAUCAAACCCUCUUGGAACGACAAUCGACAGAGCUACACUCAAAAGCCUGGUCACAUUCGUAAACGACAACAACAUUCACUUGGUCUGCGACGAGAUCUAUGCGGCCACAGUCUUCAGGUCUCCCGAAUACGUGAGCGUUUCCGAGGUCGUUCAAGAGAUGGGAAACGACAACGUUAACAAGGACCUAAUUCAUGUCGUUUACUCCCUGUCUAAGGACAUGGGCCUUCCGGGGCUCCGAGUGGGGAUUGUCUACUCUUACAACGACGCUGUCGUCAGCUGUGCACGAAAGAUGUCUAGCUUCGGAUUAGUGUCGUCGCAGACUCAGCACAUGCUGGCUGCGAUGUUGUCCGACGACGAUUUCGUGUCGAAAUUCCUGGCCGAGAGCUCGAAGAGGCUGGCCAGGAGGCACGCUCACUUCACCAAAGGGUUAGAGAAAGUAGGCAUAUCUUGUCUCAAGGGCAACGCGGGACUCUUCUUCUGGAUGGACUUGAGACAUCUUCUUAACGAGCCAUCUUUCGAAGCAGAAAUGGCGCUUUGGCGCUUGAUCGUGUACGAUGUCAAGCUAAACGUCUCCCCAGGAUCAUCCUUCCAUUGCCCCGAGCCAGGAUGGUUUAGGGUUUGCUUUGCCAACAUGGAAGACGCCACCGUUGACAUUGCCCUUCAAAGGAUUCACUCAUUAGUCGGGAAAAAGGAAGCCGCGCCUGCCGACCAAGAUCAGUCAACUACAACAACGACGACAACCACGAGCACGACGACUACGACAACAACUACAACAACGACAACGACAACGACGAAAAGAAACGCUUGGCGUAAUUCUAACCUGAGGCUUAGCUUUAAUAACGCAAGGAGAUUUCACGAUGAAGCCUCAAGUGGUUUUAUGUCAGCUCAUAUGAUUUCCCCUCAUUCUCCAAUGCCUCAUUCUCCACUUGUUCGUGCUCGGAAUUAAAAUAUUCAUGAUAUGGAAAGAAAGAAUUAAGGAGUGCUGAUCAGUCCGUAGUGGUUUCGAACGACACAGUAAAAUGAGCAUUCAAUCAAUUAAUUGACCGAACCAAGUAGAAGUUAAUCAUAUUAUUAAAUAAGGUUUGGUUAUUAGCUAAUAAAUUAUCAUCUAUAAAUAAAAUAACGUCUGAUUUAAUGUAACAUGAUAUAUAUAUGUUGGAUAAUUUUUUUUUUUUUUGAUAGCUGUAACUAUAUGUAUGUAUGGCUUGAUGUUGUUUUCUCUCCCAUAUUGUUUGGAGCCAGUAAAAGGCUUUUUUAUUUUUUAUUUUUAAUGGGAGAGGCUUAAAAGGUAC